AUGGAGGAGAAGAGUGAUAUUCGUGCCGCUGGGACUGAAGGCGCUCUUGAAACCCUCAAGGGCGUUGCUUGUCAACACCACUGCAAGCUCCACAAGAAGCAAACAAGGGUGAUCACCAAUAAUGAGCACAUCAACAUUCCAACCGACAGCGACCAACACCGCCUACCUCCCCACCUACAAUUUGUGGCCCUCUACGGACCCCCACCUGGUUUCAAGUCUCCGUUGGGCUUACAAAAGGCUCCUGAGGGCGAAGAACGAGAAAGAGGCGAAGGGUCGCACAAUUUUCAAAUGCGAGUAGCGAUCGGUUGCUCCAUCACAAGCACCGACAGCGAAAAUGCUGCUGAGGUGCCAAUCAAGAGGCCGCGAACUAGAUUCAGCAAGGAGCAGAAGGAAAGAAUGUUGGGUCUAGCAGAGAAAGUGGGAUGGAAGGUUAGGAAGGAGAACAGAGAGGCAAUUCGCCAAGUCUGUGAUGAAAUUGGAGUGUUACCGCUCAACUUUAAAAUUUGGGUGAGAAACAACAAGAAGAAGUUCUGUAAGAAGGAAUAG